GAAACGUCAACCGUGUCAUUCAGUGCAAAUUUUACAUCUUUUGUCGCAAUUCAGUUCGUCUCGAGCGAAAUAAUCCGGAUUUUUGCGUAAAUUGGCAUCUAAAGUACCGGAAAAGAUCUUCCAAGUAUAAUCCGCACCCAUGACCACCAUGGAGCGAUCGGUUGUCAAUCCGACAACUCCCGUCGCCCGGCAGCCCAGUCUGGACGAUAUGAAUCUGGACCAGUUCCUGAAGAUAUCCAACUACGAGGACACGGUCAAACAGCUGGACAUCUACUACGGGAUCGUGAAGCGACAGCUGUUGCAGUUUCAGAGUCCAAUCACCGGCUUGUUCCCGGUCUUGAGUACCGAUCGGGAGGUGGGAAGCAUCCGUGAUAGCGUUUAUUGUGCCGCUUCGAUCUGGAGUUUGUACCAAGCAUACAGACGAAUCGACGAUGACCGUGGCAAAUCGUAUGAGUUGGGUCAAUCGGCCGUUAAGUGCAUGCGAGGAAUUUUGGAAUGCUGGAUCAAACAGGCUCACAGGGUGGAGAAGUUCAAAUCGCGCCAGUGUGCUAUCAAUGCGCUGCACUGCAAGUUCCACUUAGACACCGGAGAGGAAAUCUACUCGGACGAGAAGUACAAUCACCUGCAGAUCGAUGUGGUCUCAAUCUACCUCAUAUUUCUCGUGCAAAUGAUAUCCUCGGGCCUGCAGAUCAUCUACACCCAGGACGAGGUGGCAUUCGUGCAGAACUUGGUUUACUACGUCGAGCGUGCCUACCGUACGCCGGAUUACGGAAUGUGGGAACGUGGUUCCAAGUAUAACGAUGGAACGCCGGAGAUUCAUGCAUCCUCGAUUGGAAUGGCCAAGUCAGCCCUUGAAGCGAUCAACGGGUGCAAUCUGUUUGGCGAGAAAGGUGCCUCGUGGAGUGUCGUCUACGUAGAUAUCGAUGCCCACAAUCGUAACCGCAGUAUCUUUGAAACCAUGCUACCUCGAGAGUCGAGUUCCAAGGGAGUGGAUGCCUCGUUGAUUCCGACUCUAUCGUUUCCGGCUUUCGCUUCGCACGAAGAUCGGCUGGUGGAUUUGACCAAGAACAACGUCAUCAAACGGCUGCGAGGCAAGAAGGGAUUCAAGCGGUUCAGUCGUGACGGGUACUUGUCUCGGUUGGAGGACAAAACCAGGCGGUAUUACACCAAGGGUGAGAUUAAGGACUUUGAGAACUUUGAGUGCGAAUGGCCCAUAUUCUACACCUACAUGAUCAUUGACGGAGUGUUCAAGAACAACUUGGAACAGAUCGAGGAGUACCAGAUGGAGCUGAGGAAGUGCAUGCACUCGGACAUGAAUGGAGAUCCUGUGGUGUCCAUGUGUUACGCCCCGGAUGGCGAUGGAAUGUACACUCGUGCCUCGUCUCAGUCACUGUUCCUAUGGGGUCAAUCGGUGUUCAUCAUCGCCCAGCUGCUGACCGCCGGUUUGCUGCACAUCAACGAAUUGGAUCCGAUCCGUCGUUAUCUGCCGUCCUACAAUCGUCCCCGUAAGGGUGGUCGUUACUCCGCUUUUCAGGCUAAGCCAGGAAUUCGUACAAAAAUAGGAAGUGCCCUAGCAAUAAUGCACGAUGGUAAUGGGAAUGGUAAUGGUCACACACCUUCGAAACGCAACAGUGGGGGGAUGGCGGUUAGCCAUGGAGCUCACGGUCCCGGCUGCGGAGGAAACGGUGGCGGUAAAACGGCUGGCGUUUGCAACGAUAGCGUCGAGGCCAACGUGGUCGACUUUGGGAGCAGUCGCGAUACGGAACCAGGGCACUCGGAGGCGUCGGAAGUGCUCGAUAAGCAACGUGGUACGGCUACCGAUUUGGUAGUGCAAAUCGUCCUCAUCGCCGAAUCGAUGCGUCUACAAGCAAUGAUGGCCACAUACGGUAUUCAAACCCAAACUCCGCACGAGGUUGAACCCGUUCAAAUCUGGUCCUCAAACCAGCUGAUAAACGUGUACCAACAGUUGGGAGUGAAUGACAAAAUCGGCCUCACUGGAAGACCUCCGCGUCCUGUUGGUUCUCUGGGUACUAGUAAGGUUUACCGCAUCUGCGGAAUGACCGUGCUCUGCUACCCAUUGAUCUUUGAAGUGUCCGACUUUUAUCUGUACCGGGACAUGGCCCUGCUGAUCGAUGACAUCAAAACUGAACUUCAGUUCGUUGGCAAGUAUUGGCGUCUGUCGGGCAGGCCCACGGUCUGCUUGUUGAUCCGCGAGGAGCACAUGCGUGAUCCUCAGUUCAAGGAGAUGAUCGAUUUACUUGCCAUGCUGAAGAAGGGUUAUUGCGACGGAAUGAAGGUUCGUAUCGGCCGUCUGCAGAACCUGAUCUCAAGUUCCUGUAUCGAACAUUUGGAUUUCAUGUCCCAAUCGGAUCUUCCCGAUUCGACCGAGAGUGCCUUUGCACAGAUCCAUCAUGACUACAUUGGGUAUCAGAGCUUGACCGACGUACCUCGGGCUCAAUCCUAUCGCGAGAAGAAGAUCAUUGCACAAGAUUAUCAGAACCGUGCGACACCGGACAUUAUUGAAGCGUUGAGGAACACCGAAUCAAUCUUCUUGCAGUGUCAACUGCUAGGAAUAAUUUUACUUCGUGAAGGUGCUAACUAUGAGAUUACUGGAGAUACCGUACAUGCUCGUUUAACUGAUCUGUAUUAUCGCGCUGGUACGCUUCGCUACUGGCGUGCCGUUCGCUAUUGUAGUUCUCUGUUGCGACAUAUCGUCGACUCAAUUUCACCGUUCAUAACGACCGUACUGGUAAAUGGUAAGCAAAUCACUGUGGGCGUCAUCGGACAACGUGAAACUGUGUUCGACAAGCCAAUGACUCCGUCGGAGAUUCAAAACGUAAUGUACUCUACGGUACAACCGUACGAUGUGAUCCAUGCUGUACUGCAGCAAGAAGUGGUGCUCUACUGCGGUCGUCUGAUCGCUACCAAUCCAGAUAUCUUCAAAGGUAUUCUCAAGAUCCGGGUCGGUUGGGUUCUGGAAGCUAUGAAGCUGUACCUCACCAUGACCGGCGAUGAAGAUGCAGAUAUUGAAAAUCUGUCACCGUUCUCGAUUCGUAAACUGCUGCUGCGGGUUUUGACCGUCAGUCUUUGGGCUGCUGAUGAUAGUUUCAGUGCUUUACAGCGCCGUCAACUAGAGGGUUGUCUCUUCCGCGUUCCUCCGUCACUGUAUAACCAUGUUUGGGAUGUCCUCGAAAGGACUCCCCUCGGCAUCACAGUUCAAGGACACAAUCUCCCUGCGCUGGCCACUCUUACCAACAAGAGCCGUAGCGAGUUCUCCUUUGCCUUGCAAGUGGAAGAGAUGCUGAACAAAAUCAACCAACCGGAACGACGUCAAAUUGUCGUCGAACUUUUGGUUAUUGUGGCGACAAUUCUGCGACGAAACCCGGAGCUUCGGUUCAACCAAAUUUUGGAUUUGGACCUACUGCUGGAGGACUCGUUCAACAUGUACUGCAAGGACAAUGACUUGCCGCUGACCAAGGACAUUUCGCCGUUGUUCUCGCUGUCGCAAAAUCAGACCACCGGCUAUCUGGCCCGGGCUGCGGUCAACAGUGUGCUGCAGAGGUGUGCUCUCGCCACAGAGGACUUUGCCGAAGACGUUGAAGACCACUGCCGAAUGCAGUAGAUCAGCAAUAGCUAUAGAAGUGCUCUAUAUAUUUUCGUAAUCAAUCAGGUGCUUUGCGGCACACCUCCUUAAGUUAGUUCGAUUUCUUUUGAAAGUUAUAUAUACAAAUUUAAAUGUUUCUUUGUUAGUCGAUUUAGCUAUGCUAGUUUCACAGGCUUAAUGGAAACAGUUCGAUUAAAUUCCAAAGAUUUUUAUGAACACUUUUCGAAACCUGAUUUGGCCAUAUGUACGUCAUUUUUUGUACCGAAUAAAAAUUUAGGCUUUUAAACAUAGAUUCUUAUUACUAUUAUUAUUAGGACGACAAUUUUAGUCUAAAUGUCAGUGAAACUGUUUUCUAUCGCAAUGAUAAUGAAUAUAAAGUGUAUUGAAUUAUAUUUA